UAUGCGCAGUGCCUGUAGCAAACUGACCCUCGUGAACAAGCGGAACUUUUUAAACUGGGUGGAAUUUUCCACAGCGACACUCGAUGACGUAGAGAUUUUGUGUGGCUAGUUGUUUGGUCAAGCAACAGACAGAUUUAUUUCAGCCUUUGAUACUUAGCUAGUUUAAAACUCGACGUUUUCAUCUACAUUUAAUUAUAUAUUUAACCAUUUGCUAGGUUUCUCUAAGAAAAUUGCAUUGAAACAUUUAAAUGUUAUCUCGAAAUUGAUUGAAUUUCAUUACAUAAUCUAGUUUACGAGCAGAAUCGGAUUCCUAGCGCCGAGUCGACUGAAUUCAACGUAAAUUCGCAUUACGAUGCACACCAAGAAGACCGACGGGAAGGAUUCACAUGUUCAAAUGGCCCAGGCCCCUCUGAGUGAAGGGUUAAGUUUGAUCUUUGAUCAGGAUGCCCAAUCCAGCUCCUCCCGUUCUCGUUACCCAUCUAGAAGUAGUCAUACCAGUAGCCAGUCCUCUGGCUCUAGACGACAACUUAAGCGAAAUAAUGCUCGUAGGGGACGUCACAGGUCCUCCACCAGUUCUUCGUCCUCCAGAUCAUCCCACUCAUCCAACAGCAGCCCUCGGACCCGUCCCAGGUCCCGGUCACACCCGCGUUGCCACAGAGCCUCCUCUAGCUCACGCUGCUGCCGUCAACAUCAACAGGCACAUGGACAUAGGCGCCACCGCUCACCAUCACGCUGUUACAGGGCCCACUCGCGCUCCUACAGCCCUUCCUCUUCCCCUGACAGGCCAAACCGCCACAGUUCCCGCUCCAGGUCAGGCUGGAGCAGGGUUCAUAGGGGGUUUGUGGGCAGGGACAAGUGCAGGUUUUCUGGAUCACCCAACAGAAGCCACAAGACCUACACGAGCCGCUCCACAUCUUCAGGACGCUCAUUUGUCAGUCUCCGUAUAGAAAAAAAGGGGGAACUCAGGACUACGAAUGCCACCCAGGCACUGGGGAUGGAGCAACUGGACCUUCCUGAGAGUGUGACGCCCAUCCUGGAGGAGCAGCAACUGAAAACCGGACUAGCCACACCAGAACCAGAGGAACGGGUGAGACCAGAGCCACUCUCUCAAAAGAGUCUAUCACAGUUGAAAUGGGAACAUUGUUAUUUAGCAGAGUCUCCCUCCUACUCUCUGAAGAAGCGCAGGCGUUUGGACUGCGUUAUUGUGACUAUUCCUGACGAGAACUUUAAACAGAUGGCCAACUCCCUCCGUCCGUAUGCCAAAGAUAAGUUGCAGAACAGUGACAUAGAGCCUGAGGAUGCACCAAGCCCUAAUAUGUAUCCCAAGAAAAAGAUGAUCUCAUUCAGUAUUCAUAAUUCAGUGGCCAAGCCCACAGCCAUUGUUGCUUCCACCACAUCAAAGGUAGCACACAGAGUGGAGAACUACACAGCGAGCAAGAACCCCUUUGGUCACUGGGUCCCAGUCAGAAAAACGGUCCAAUCUUCCUUUUCUCGCACUUUGCUCAAACAUUAACUUGCCACAUCACGCUAAUGUGUCAAGAGUACAUGGACAAUGUAAAUACAGGGGAGGUUUUGGUGAGCUGAUCUUAUGGUAGAUGAUUUCUUUCAGAUUUGAGUUAAGUGGGAAGAACAUAAUAUUUCAGAUGGGGUUGCUUUUUUGGUGUCUAAUGCUGGUUAGUGAUUCAAUAAAGACACUUGAAAUUAAA